AUAUACAUAUAUAUGUAUAUGUAUAAAAAAUAAAUCCAAUAUAUAAAAAAAAAAAAAACACAUUUAUUUUAUAUUAUAAUUUAUGUUUUAGUUUAAUUGUUAGUUAAUUUUAUUUAGUGUUAGACUUUUAUCAGUGAAAUGGAAGCCGAUGAUCUGACAGAUUCAGAGCAAGUAAGAGCUACAUUAGAAACUUAUAAAAAACUAGCCAAUGAUUUUACAAAUCAUGAUACUAUUUUAAAGGAUAAAACAGUCCUGUCAUAUCUAGCUUAUGUACUCGAAUCACCUGACGUAGAAGUUGUGGAAAUCGCUCUUGAUAUUCUUGAAGUAUUCACUAAAAAUGUUGAAAAUUAUGUUCACUUGACAUCAACAUUUGGCAUUCGUGAAGCCCUUGAAUCAGUUAUCAAUAAAUAUUGUAUAGAUGAUCCCCAUAUAGCUAAAUAUGCACAAAGUGUUAAAGAUGAUAUUGAACGGAUGAAACCACCGAUUUAUAAUUUAAGAAGUCGUUGCCGACGAGUUAUUGAACCAAAGAAAUUAAAGACACAUGUUAUUGUUCUACAUGUCAGUGGCCUGUUACCUGAAACUAGAACAGAUUUAGAAGCAACAUUAGUUAGAGUUGAAGGUCUGAUAUCAUUAGUUGUUGAUGUUGAACAUCAACGUGUUACCAUGAGAACUUUGGCAAAUGUAACAGCUAAAUGUAUUGCCGAAGCUAUUAGAGAUAAUACUAAAAAUAUGGAAGCUAGAUUAGUUACCAGGAAUAAAUUCAAUCAAGAAUUUCUUGUUAAAUUGCUAUCUGUUGAUAAUGGAGACUGUGAAGACUUGCCGGAAUAUUUACCUGAGGAAGAAGAAGAAGAUCAUAACCAGAAAGACGGUAUUGUUUCAUUAUUUUCUGGCUUGAAACAAAGUGCUUCGACAAUAUAUAAGUCAACAACUGAAUUUCUGCACAGUUCAUUUUACUGGUGAAUCUCUUUGCCUCUCUCGCGUUAGAUUAAUUACUAUUAGGAUCAUUAAUAAUUAAUUAAUAAAUAAUAGAUGUUAUUUAUUAAUUAAUUAAUUAUAAUAGGACCAUUAAUUUCCUCAUUUUUAUUUUCAUUAUCAUCAAUUUCAUGUAUAUAUUAAUAAUCUCUAUUUCUUCUUUGGAAAAUUUUAAGGAAAAGAAAAUCUCAAUUAACUAUUAAUUAUAAAUUAGAUUUGAUAUAAUAUAUGUUAAUGAAUAUAAAUUUUCGUAAAUUUAUUUUUGAUUAUUGGUAAAAAAAAUAAUUAUCAAUCAUUGGGUUUUUAUAUUUUUCUCGUCCCUCGAGAAGUGCAAGACUUUUUUAGUCUUAUUGAUAAAAAAUUAAUUGUAAAUUUAACUCAUCAAGUUUAGAAAUUUCUUCUUUUAAAACAGUAUUAAAUGUUUUGAGAUAAUUGUUGUAAUUGUAAUUGUUGUAAUCUCAUUAAUUUUUAAUAUUUCAUUCUUUUUUAUUAAUUUACCAGUGAUUUUAAGUGUCGUUCUGGUUUGACCGGCCUAAACUUAUGAAAAUUUUUGAAAUCUCGUAAACUAUUUGAAGUAAUUAAUUUUAAAAAUAAAAAUAUAUAUAUACAUAUAUAAAAGUUAUAAAUAUAUGCUUUUAAAAACUCCCAUUACUCAGUCAUUUCGCAUCAAUUAAAAAAAUAUUUUUAAAAAACGCGCGUUAAAUUUAAAAAUUCUUACGAUGAAUAAAAAAAGUUUUCGAUUCUCUAUUGGAAUCAAAUAAUCGUUGAUUUCUUGAUAAAAAUUUGGUAAUAGAUUUUUGAAUAUCCACUUUGAAAGUAAAUAAAAAAAAAAUUCAAACCAGAUUGACUCAGUUGCCAUUUUGAAUUAAAAUUUUUACUAAAAAAUUUAUUAUCAAAAGAUGAAACUAGAAAAUUUUUAAUUCAUGUAAAUAUAUGUUCAAUAAUAGAAUCAUCAUUUAAUCAUUUAAUUAAUGAAUCAUUACAAAGGCUGUGUAAAAUUAA